AUGUUUAGAGCUCGAACGAUGUUACUGAGCACUCUGGCAGCUCUUGUAUGUGUUGUAUCUUCACAUUGGACUAUUAAUCUUGAAUAUUCAUUUGAUGACUUCGCUCAUUCUUUCCCAUUAGGAGUUGUGGAUUUGAAAAAACAGUUUGAUGGAAAUUACACUGCAUUAUUCAAAGGCAAUGAAGAUACUUCGUAUGUGAAAAGAUUGAAUGAGAAUGUGAAUGCACCAUACAGAGUCAAGGCUGUUAGUUCUACUAAGCCAAGCGUUCCAUUAUACAGCACAUCAAAAGCUUGUCUUAUCCUGCAAUCCAAUCUUUAUCAUCAUAUUUGGGUUACUGUUGAUCCCGAUAUGCAGGUCACACAUGCCGUUACCGUUUUUCCUGACAUUGUUGCUGCUGGCGGUCAACUAGACUCGGAGAACUGCGUGCCCACAAGUGUGCAAAAAGGAAAAAUACAAGGAGUAGUUCAUGUUUCUAACAAACGCAGUCUUCCUCUCCCUGACACAUUAUCUUUUGUACAAAAAGUAGAAAAGGAGAGAAAGGCUAGACAGAAUGGAGCUGAAGCAGACAAUAGAAGUUUCUUAGCUAAAUAUUGGAUGUAUAUCGUGCCUGUGGUAUUAUUCAUGUUCAUUUCCAAUGCCGUGGCUCCAGAAGGAGGACAAGGCGAAGGCCAGUGA